AUGGAGGUGGAUCACCAGAUCAGAGUGAGCGACGGCAAUGGCGAGACGACGGCCGGACACGGUGCUGUCGGCGGCGGCAUCUUCGCGCGUUGCUGGCAGCGGCUCCGGUCGGUGCCCGUCGAGCUGUGGUGCAGGGUCGCCGGGUUCGCCAGGAAGGUGGGCCGGAUCGCCAGGGAGGAUCCCAGGCGAGUAGCGCACUCGCUCAAGGUCGGCCUGGCUCUGACGCUGGUCUCCGUGCUCUACUACGUCACGCCGCUCUUCAAGGGCUUCGGCGUCUCCACGCUGUGGGCCGUUCUCACCGUCGUCGUCGUCAUGGAGUACACCGUCGGUGGCACGCUGAGCAAGGGGUUGAAUAGAGCCUUCGCGACGCUGGUGGCUGGGUUCAUCGCCGUCGGAGCACAUCAGAUAGCCAACCGCUGCGGCGCGCAGGGGGAGCCUAUACUGCUAGGCAUCUUCGUCUUCUUGCUAGCAUCGGCGGCGACUUUCUCGCGGUUCAUCCCGGAGAUCAAGGCCAAGUACGACUACGGCGUGACCAUCUUCAUACUCACCUUCAGCCUGGUGGCAGUGUCGAGCUACCGCGUGGAGGAGCUCAUCCAACUCGCACACCAGCGCUUCUCCACCAUCGUCAUCGGCGUACUCACCUGCCUCUGCACCACCAUCUUCGUCUUCCCCGUCUGGGCAGGCGAGGACCUGCAUAAGCUUGCCACCGCAAACCUCGAUAAGCUCGCGCAGUUCCUUGAAGGAAUGGAAUCUGAAUGCUUUGGAGAAAAGGCUACCAGUGAGAAUUUGGAGGGGAAACCCUUUCUCCAAGUGUACAAGAGCGUCCUCAAUUCUAAGGCCACUGAGGACUCACUGAGCAACUUUGCCAAGUGGGAGCCCGGCCAUGGUAAAUUCGGCUUCCGACACCCAUGGAGCCAAUACCAGAAGCUCGGAGCUCUCUGUCGCCAGUGCGCGACUUCAAUGGAAGCUCUUGCUUCCUAUGUCAUCACAUUGCAAAAAUCUCAGUACCCUGAAGCCGAUCCAGAGCUAACCUUGAAGGUCCGCAGGGCAUGCGGAGAAAUGAGCUCACACUCUGCUAAGGCGCUCAGGGAGCUAUCAACAGCGAUUCAAACAAUGACUGUACCACCACCAGCCAGCAUAACCAUGUCUGCAGCCAUCAAAGUUGCAAAAGGCCUCAGAAACGAAUUAUCAGGGGACGCGGCCCUGUUGCAAGUGAUGCAUGUGGCCGUUACUGCAACGCUUCUCUCAGACUUGGUUAUGAUAAUAGUGAAAAUUGCAGAAACAGUUGAUAAUCUAGCAUGGCAUGCCCAUUUCAAGAAUCCUGAAAAAACUCAGAAAGAUGUCAUUAUCAACAUUCAGAGUUGAC